GGCUACGGCGUGUCGCCCGAGAUGAAGGCGAGCGAGGCGCUGAAGACGCUGUUCACCGUCGCCGCGGUUCGCACGACGCUCGACCAAGAGCUGAGCUACGACAACGAAGGCGGAUCGACCGCGCUGUCGAGCGCGCUCGCGGGGUUUUUGGAGACGCAUCCGCUGCGAAACGGAGACGAGUGGUUGGAGGCGCUCAUGCGGGACGAGCCGCAGUUGCGAUUGGCGGCGUUGAGGUUGAUGGAGACGAGGGCCGCCUACGCGCGGGAGAAUUUCGAUUGGCAAGCCCUCCGAGAUUUGGCGGUGGAGACGACGGUGCGAGGGAACGACGCGCUGAUGGUGAAGUACGUU